CAGCUGGGAUUUCUACACGGACAGAUAGCGCAAUGAAGAGCAGCGUCGACCCGUCAUCAUGUGCACCGGGCUUGCGAGGACUGCCUGUCCGCUGCGACUUAUUGCCCUCUGCAUCCUUCUGUCCAACGCAGCAGCAUAUUUCGGGCUUACAGGUCGCGAACCACUGCUAUUUCUGCCGGGUCCAUUUUCCAAUGAGCCUCCUAACGGUAAAGCGCACCUGAAACAAUGCGAGCAGAUGACUUUGACGCGCCGGCAAAAGCGCCUGUGUGGGCGGGAACCUGGGAUGGCGGAGACUCUGAGGGAAUCUGUCCGCCUCAGCCUCCUGGAAUGCCGCUAUCAAUUCCGCAACGAGCGCUGGAACUGUAGUAUGGAUGGCCGUGGAAGCCUUUUAAAACGAGGUUUUAAAGAGACGGCCUUUCUGCUCGCGGUGUCAUCAGCAGCGCUGUCUCACGCGCUGGCGAAAGCGUGCAGCUCAGGGCGCAUGGAGCGCUGCACCUGCGAUGAUUCUCCGGGUCUGCAACACCGCGAAGCCUGGCAGUGGGGCAUUUGCGGGGACAAUCUGAAAUACAGCACUAAGUUUCUCAAGAAGUUUCUGGGGCAGAAACGGGUCAGCAAGGACCUGCGUGCCCAGAUCGAUGCUCAUAACAUUAACGUCGGUAUUCGGGCAGUGAAGAGUGGACUUAAGACUACUUGUAAGUGUCAUGGUGUCUCUGGCUCCUGUGCUGUGAGGACAUGCUGGAAGCAGCUUUCCCCUUUUCAUGACACUGGCCACCUGCUAAAGUAUCGUUAUGAUACCGGUGUUCAUGUGCACAGCGUUACCAACGCCGCUACAGGGGAGACUGAACUGGCAGGGCCCCAUCGUCAUAGCAACAUAGGUCCCCGGCCACGACCUACCGAACUGGUUUUUCUGGAGGAGUCGCCCAGCUUCUGUAGGCCAUCACGCUACUCGCCCGGUACAGCCGGCAGACUGUGUUCUAAGGACACAAGCUGCAGCAGCCUGUGUUGUGGACGGGGUUACAACACAGCCCUGCGCCUCACAACACUCUCCUGCAACUGCCAAGUCCGCUGGUGCUGUCACGUAGAGUGCCAAACCUGCCUGAGAGAGGAGGAGGUCUAUACCUGCAAGAAACAUUGAGAGACCGAGUGAGAGUUUGAAGGAGACAAAGAGAAAAGUGUGGAAGUGAAAAGUGUGAUAUUUCUUACAUUGAAUGGAAAAGUCGACUAUUAGAAUUUAAUGAGAGGAGAAAUGCACAAGAUGUAUUUCAGAGGAAAAGGCUUUCAUCCACCUAAUGCAAAGGGAGAAGAUGUUGAUGAUCAUAAGAGAGAAUAUCUACCAGUCUCACCUAAUUCAAAAUGGCUUCGAUGAGAUGGCUAAAUGCUGACCGUCAAACUCUGGGCUCUCAGACAAGUGUUGGCGAACCUGUAAAUGGGCCUGAGAGCAUAUCUGAGAUGCUCGACUAGAUGAAAAUUGCUCGUCUUCUGUCAUGGAAGCUAAAUACAUAAAGUAAAUUCCAUAUGUUUCCAUGCUUCUUCGAACUGAGAGCUCAUCUCACAAGAUGAGGAACAUGCCAGUUUGACUUCUGCUGAAAUGCAGUGUUAAGCCAAUGGCCAUCAAAGAACCCCAUAGGCAUGGUUGCUUUUUGAACUGUUUGUGGUGAAUACGCACUUUAUUGCAAUGGACUUGAGAUCUGCAAUAUUCAGUAAUACUCAAACUAAUACUCUGGCAGUGAGAUGGCGGUCUGCCCACUUACUUUUCUGACUGCAGGUCUGACUGUUUGUCUCGUUAUCUGCUUAAGCUGUAUAUCUCUCUAUUGCGCUGAGAGUCCAUUUAUGGCUUUAAAAUUAUACUGAGAGUAUGAAACACUUAGAAUUUGUUAUUUUUUUAUGUUAUGGUAGUCUUUAAUUUGUGAGGAAGUAAGUACUCUAAAGUUAUUGUGCUUAAAGGAAUAGUUCACCCCAAAAUGAAACAUCUCUCAUCAUUUACUCACUCACCCUCAUGAUAUCCCAGAUGUGUAUGAUUUUAUUUCUUCUGCUAAACACAAACAACGAUAUUUAGAAGAAUAGCUCUGUAGGUCCACACAAUGCAAGUGAACGGUGACCACAAUUUUUAAGUUCACAAAAAGCACAUACUGUAGGUGUGGGUGAGAAACAGAUCAAUAUUUAAAAGUGCUGUACGCAAUUUCACCCGUUCUACUUCCAUGAGAAUCCUAAUAUACCAAAAUGAGCUUUAUUGAGAGCAGAAAUGGUUGUUGAAAAAAGUAGUAAAAUAGCACCCACAACUGUUAUCAAAAUCAUUGGAAAAAAUGCAUUAUGCCUCAAUACUUCGCUGCAACCACAAUACUAUUAGAACGUGCAGAAUUAUUGUCAGGAAGAAAGUGUCAUUGUCCGCAGACACAUAUUAAUUUGCUGUUACCAGAGUCUAGAACUGUCACAUAGACCAGUGAGAUAUCUCAUGGCACUUAUUUCAUUAAAAUCUUUCAGGGGGUAGGACACAUUUUUGCAUACCUUUCCAUAAAAAAAAUCGCUUACAGCAUCUUCAAGUUCUUUUUUAUGAUUAAUCCCCAGUUUCACUUUCACAUUCUUCUUCUUUUUUUCGCAAUUUGCAUUCUUUGUGCAUAUUGCCACCUACUGGGCAGGAAGGAGAAUUUAUGUUAAAAAAAAAGUCUUAAAAAUGUAUAAUUUUCUCACUCACAUUUAUCAUAUCGCUUCAGAAGACAUGGAUUUAACCACCGGAGUCUUAUGGAAUACUUUUUCAUUUUUGGGUGAACUAUCCCUUUAACAAAGAUAUAUAACAAUAGGGGGGAAGGGGGUUUGCUUAUAAACUGGAAAUCUACUGGGAAACAGUCUGCUUCCAUAGACCUUUAAUGAAUGUAAAAAAAUUUAAUAAUCAAAAAAGUUAUGUUUUAUAUCUUGAACUGUCAUUUAAUGGCUGCAUUUGGUAAAAGGAAUGUAUUUAUUGAAAUAAGACAACACUGAUCAACAGUUGAACCAAUUACAAGGGCACUUACUGGUAUUCCAGACUGCAUUCUUAAAAGAAGAGUUUUUUAGUUUAAUCUAAACUAAAUAGUGCUGCGUUAAAUGCCACUUACCUGUGUGUAUAUAUGUCAAAAAGCACAAGUACUAGAGAACGACCAGAACAAAGUGUAUCAUUACACUGUGAACCAAACAUAACCUCUCCCUACCGCUUUGUAGUGUAUGCAAACAUCUGGCCAUCUGAGUGUGUAUUCUUUAUACUUGACUUUCCCAUUAAGGGCCAUGAGAGUGAGUGGGUCUCAUCCAGAACAAAGGAAAACAUCUCUUACCCUAGUAAGCCAAUCUCUCAGCCCUAUAAAUUGAGACUCAUCAUAAGCCCUUUCAUGUGCGUGAAGCCUUUCAUAAAAUCAGUUCCAGUGCCUUAUUUAGCUCAUUACCAAUCAGAGAAAAUAACAGUGCUUUUUUGCUAGAAUGUGUCAGAGUUCAAAGUUUGCAUGUUGGAUGCCCAAUAGAGGCCUUUGUAAUGGUAAAAAUGAUUUUUAUUUUAUUUUCAUUUUUGUCUUUUUUUUAAUUAUUAUUAUUCAGUUAUUUUGUAUCUUCAUGUUUCAACACAAAUCACAAAGAAUGACAUUUGUUAUCCAAAUUUGAUUCAGAAAGUUAAAAACAAGCUGUGUUGGUGUAUUGCAUGUAAAAGCACAUUUCAACAUUUAGAAACAAAGUAUUACAUAUAUUUGAUGUUAACAUUACUUACAAGCAUUUCUUCAUGUAGAGUUGGAUCUAAAUUGAAAGUAUGAGCAUGUGAAAGUGCUUGUUUAAUCUGUGUGUGUGCGUGUGUGUGUGCUAUUUCUGGGAAGGAGGAAAACUGCUGUAAAAUUGGCAGCAUCGAUCAAGAGGAAGAAAGUCCAAGCAUUCAAUAGCAUGCCAUUCAGUUGAAAUGUUCAUAAACAUUUGGCGCAACAGGGUUUUGAUGUGUCUUGUUGAAAUUCAUAUGCAAAAGUGUGAGAGCUUUACCCUAAUCUAUUCAGUUUCUAUGAAAGCAACUAAGCUAAAAAAAAAAAGAAAAAAGCCUGAGUUCUCGCACGGACUCAGCACAUGCAAAUACCCGAAACCCCAGCGGUGGCCAUGGAAGCCCAAAGAGAUUGCUCCCUAGUUUUGAGAUUGUGUGUGUACAUGUGAGCAAAUGUAUGUGUAUGUUUCUCUGCUGCAGCUCAUAAAAUUGUAACAUUUAAAGCACAACCUGUAUAUCUUUAUAACCCUCUAUCAACCUGAGGGUUACAGAGUUAUGUAUUUGUUUGUGUUUUCAUAGCUUUGAAAGUGUAAUAUGUAAACAAAGGUGUUUUAGACAUUUCAUGCUGGGGAUUUUUUCUGCUACCUCACCCAGUUUAUGGGGGAAAUUAUUAAUUUCUCACUAGAUAUUUAAGACAAUGUUGCUUUUAAAAGCUUUAAAUGUAUUUACACAGUUUUUAUUUUUAAAUUGUGUGUCCUAUUUCCUUAUUUAAAA